AAUAGACAUCGUUCGAAAUGGUUACCAAACUUACAUUUAAGGGCGACAAGCCAAAGAAGAGAAAGAGAACGGAAGAGUCUGCCUCUUCCAAGAAAGCUAAACCUGUCCCUGAGUUUGACAGAUCGCUCGUGGAACAAGGCUGGACCACGGCCACCACGGUGUCUGACAUCACCGGGCCGAUCAUUAUCACCAGAUACGAUGAAGGCGUCGAAGGUGCCCCCUAUUCCAUCGCUUCCAACAAAGGAAAGCUCUUUUUCUCUUCAGAACUUGAUAUUUUGCCCCACGACCAGUGUGUAAACUUUCCCCCAGACGAGGUGGCUGCCCCGUACUUGGUGCCUAUCCACCUCUCCGAGCCGCGGGACACCACCCAAGUUUUUACAGUCACUCAGAUCCGCUCUCUAGACACUGGUAAAAAGAACCAGCUGGCAACGGCGAAUGAAAUUAGCGUUACGUUUAGAUCCGCAGAGGGAAAGUAUCUUUCGCUUUCCCAGCAAAACACCUUGGAUGCUCUAGCGGAGGCUGUGGGGCCCGGUGAAACGUUCACAUUGACCAAGAAGUUCAAAUCAGGGAGAGGGGUCUGGUGGGCAUUGCUGGUUAACAACGCCUUCAAAGUGUGCACCUUACCUGCCGCUGACGAUGGACACAUGCUCAAGUGUAUUAAGGACAAGGACGGAGUGCUUGAUGAUGAAAAUCACUACGUAAUAAGAGUGCAGACCAAGAACUCAGUCAGGGGUAAACAGAUCAUGGCCGAAAUUGAGAACAACGACACAAAGGAAGACAGGCUUCUCGAUACCGUGAGGGAAGCGAUUGUAUUGCUCGACAAGGAAAACAUUAUGGUGACAAAUGCCGUUUUCAAGCAACUCAUGGCGGCAGCCCAGGAAGGGCGAUUAAAUGAGGCUAUCAUCGACGUCAAAACAAAGGGAAAGCAUGACUCUAGAUGCUAGCAUGUGUGACUCCACUGAAAACCAAUAUGUGAUGAUGAGGUAGGCAGGUGGAUGACACUUUAACAGAUUAAUUAACUGGCCCUAACUAUUGCAAUAUCUCUCUGCUUCGACUGGCCAAAUUCUUCUAUGAAGUAGAAACAUUAAUUAAAGUGGGAAUGACCUGAAAUCGGCUUUCUUAACUUUCAAAGCCCGGUUUGAAGUCUUUAAGUGACAUGCUUAGAACUUGACCCGAACCCGGGGUAAUUGAUGAAGAAAAUCUUACAGCGUCAGCUCAAUGUUCAAAAUAUACAUUAACAGAAAAAAAAAAAUAUGCAGAAAA